AUGUCUCUACCGGAUAAUUAUCCUUUUUUAACACGAAAGGAAUUUGACAUUGCUGCUAAAUUAUUUAUUGAACAAUCGAAAAGAUCAAGUGAUGAAGAACCUUGGAGUUGGGUUGAACAUGAGUCUCUACCCACUGUACCAGCAUCGGAGGGAUAUUUUACUGUUGAUUAUCAUAUCAUAUAUUCAACAUCCUAUAAAGUUCCUGUACUUUAUUUUAACGCCUACAAUAGUGAUGGAACAUUAUUGACAAAUGAUGAGAUUUAUUCAAAUUUAGUACAUCCUUUAAAACAAAAUGAUAUAAAAAGUGCUGGAUUUCAUGGUGCAAUAUCACAACAGGAUCAUCCAACUCUUUUACUUCCAUUUUAUUAUCUUCAUCCUUGUGAAACUGCUACAUUAAUGACAUCAAUAGUAAGUGAUUCAAAAAUGAACAAUAACAAAUUACAAAUAAUAUCUUUAGAAGGAUAUAUUAGAAGUUGGUUAAGUUUUGUUGGUCCUGUUGUUGGAGUUAAG